AGAUGUAAGAAACGAAGAAAUUAAGAAAUAAAGUGAAGAAUAUUUACCUAAUUAGGAACCAUUAACAUGAAUAGCGAUUUAAAAUAUGGCGUCCAAAUAAUAAAAGAAAUAGGUUCAGGAGGGUUCGGAAAAGUUUUUAAAUGUGUGUAUAAAGGAAAGGAACAUGCACUGAAGAAAAUCCCAAUGUCUUAUGAAUCUCUACCUUAUAAAACUGUCGUAUCAGAAUGGAAAAUCCUUUCUAAUAUUAAACAUCCACGCAUAGUAAAACUUGUACUGUUUUAUCAGUCAAAAAUCGAUUGGAACUUUUUAUUAGAAUAUGUCAAGCAUGGCUCAUUAAGAGAUAUCAUUAGAAGUUUCAUUGUUAAUUCAUGGAAAUUCGGACAAGGUGACCUUCUCUCUCUAUUUAUGGAUAUUGCUAUGGGCAUAAGAUUUUUGCAUUCUAAAUCUAUUAUUCAUCGAGAUUUGAAACCCGAAAAUGUUUUGGUUGAUGAAAAUCAUCGUUUAAAAAUUGCUGAUUUUGGUAUUGCCAAAUCUAUGAUUGAUAACGUUGCUACAUGUCAAACAUCUGUUGGAACAAUUACCUACAUGGCACCUGAAGUUUAUUUGCAUCAGCCUUAUGACAAGAAAGUCGAUGUCUGGGCCCUUGGAAUAAUAUUUUAUGAGAUGGCCAUGAUGAAGUAUCCUUUUACCAAGGCUGAUAAAGCUCGUAUCAUGAAUCCUAAUCUCUCGUUUCGUCCUCCAAUCAUUGACUUUCAACGUCGUAACUAUUCUCCUCAUGUUCAGGACUUUCUAGUUUUAAUGUUACAACGAAAUCCUCAAAAGAGGUCUAAUCUUGAAUCCAUCUGCAGAGCACAAAUUGUUGAAAAGAUAUUUCUGAAGCUUCAUGAAGAGGAAACUCGUUUAAUGUCUAAUUUUUAA